GCACGUGUCUCGGAAAUUUCCCGGUUAACGAAAUUCUCGCCAAACGUCGGAAAAUAUGUGCUUCUUGAUGAAAAAUCAUAAUUACUUUCGGUUGAAUGCGGUGCAGUGAAUAUUCCCCAAAAUAUCGGUUUUAAUCGUUUUCAAAAUUGUGUAACAUUUUCGCCACGCAGCUUGCAUAUUUAAUUAUUGGAAUUUCCGAAAAAAGGGAAUUUUAAUGAGUCGAGCGAGGAGCAGCGUGGGGCAGUGAGUUGGCAGCCGGACACCGCGGUCAAUCAAACGGAGUCCUCUGCCAGGACUUUCCACCAACACCGACUACCAUCCGACCAUCUGACCACCUCAUCAUUGAAAGCAUGGUCACGAACAUGUCGCAGCCGCAUUAUUGCGGCACCGGCAUCGAUGAUUUUCACACAAACUACAAAUACUUCCACGGUUACUUCUCGCUGAUUGUGUGUAUCCUGGGAACCAUUGCGAAUACCUUAAACAUCAUUGUGCUGACGCGAAGGGAGAUGCGAUCCCCCACGAAUGCCAUAUUGACUGGUUUGGCGGUGGCCGAUCUGGCUGUGAUGCUGGAGUACAUACCCUACACGGUGCACGACUACAUCCUGAGUGCCCGAUUGCCGCGGGAGGAGCAGCUGAGCUACAGCUGGGCCUGCUUCAUCAAGUUCCACUCGGUGUUUCCCCAAGUGCUGCACACCAUCUCCAUUUGGCUGACAGUGACCCUCGCUGUUUGGCGCUACAUAGCCGUCAGUUAUCCGCAGAGGAAUCGGAUCUGGUGUGGAAUGCGGACUACCCUGAUUACCAUAGCCACAUCUUAUGUGGUCUGCGUCCUGGUGGUGUCACCUUGGCUCUACUUGGUCACGGCCAUUGCCAAGUUCCUGGAAACCUUGGAUGCCCAUGGCAAGACGAUCGGUUCCGUGCCCCUGAGUCAGUACAUCCUGGACUACAAUCGCGAGGAGGAUGUGACCAUGCAGGUGAUGUCCAGCACUACGCCAGAUAUUUCUUGGGCGAUACCAAGUGGUUCGGGGAAUGGAACGGCAGUUAGUUUACUUGGCCUGACCACAGUGAUACCUCUUACAACUUUAAGUACGAGCAUAACCACUUCCUCGGCGGUGGGUGAGCGAAAUGUGACUGUCUACAAGUUGUAUCACAGUGCAUUGGCGCUGCACGAUCGCCAGUUCAGGAAUGCCACCUUCCUGAUAUACAGUGUGCUGAUCAAGUUGAUACCCUGCUUUGCACUGACCAUAUUAUCCGUGCGACUGAUUGGCGCACUUUUGGAGGCCAAGAGAAGGCGGAAAAUCCUGGCCUGUCAUGCGGCCAGCGAUAUGCAGCCUAUUGUCAAUGGCAAAGUGGUGACCCCAACGCAACCCAAGAGUUGCAAGUUGCUGGAGAAGGAGAAGCAGACGGAUCGCACCACCAGGAUGCUGUUGGCUGUCCUGCUGCUCUUCCUGGUCACUGAGUUUCCGCAGGGCAUUAUGGGCCUGCUGAAUGUCCUACUCGGCGAUGCCUUCUUCUUGCAGUGCUACCUAAAACUGAGUGACCUUAUGGACAUCUUGGCGCUUAUUAAUUCGAGCAUUAACUUCAUCCUGUACUGCUCGAUGAGUCGCCAGUUCCGGAGCACGUUCGCGCUGCUCUUCCGGCCUCGUUGGCUGGACAAGUGGCUACCCCUUUCGCAGCACGACGGCGAUGGGCAGGGUGGGGGAAGCGGCGGGUUGGGCGGCUAUGGGAGGCAGCGACUGCUCCACACGGAUGCCGUUAGCAAGAGCAUGGCCAUCGAUCUCGGGCUGACGACCCAAGUGACAAAUGUGUAGCACGAGAGCAGCGGCCGGGCUGUUGGCGGAGCAACUGCGUCGAUGGCACUGGCAGCGACUGAAGUUGAUGGAUGUCCCGAUGUCAUCCAUGCAGCCGCUCCCAACGACAUCAGCCUGGUGGAGAAGCUGGGCCAGAAGGAGGGCACAAUACCCAGGCCACAUCGCAGACGGCGCAGUGGGAGUGGCAGCAAGUGCAUCUGGCCCACCACGGAUUGGCUGAGAAAGCUGCGGAACCAAAAGGCUAGGGAUACUGAUAAGUCCCCCGAUCAGGAUAUAGAACUAAGCAAGACCCCCAUCAACAGACGCAGCAGUGUCCUUCUAAUGGUCCUCCUCAGCAGCUCCGAUGAGGUCAAGGCCAAGGCUGUCUUGGUCAGUGAGCAGCCGCCGAGUCCUGCGGACGAGGAUGUGGAAGACGCAAUCGACGCCCUCUGGCUGUGAGACCUCCUCACAUCCCCAUUUUCAGCCCUGUAAAUUAUCCAACUACCCACUAAUAUUUAACUACGUUGUACAGACCAAUUAAUGCAACAAAUUGUUCAUCGCUGUUUCCAAUAUUUUCCCGCCAGCGUUGUCCACGUAAAUCGAGAGCCCCUUUUGCCGAGGCUUCGCUCUGCUGGAAAAUAAUGGGUAUUACUUAACAAUAAGGAUCACCUGGAAGCAGCCUUGAACAUUUUGUAACCCCUCUUGAUAAGUGAUAUACUUGAUUAAGUUUCAACUUCACCUAGUUGUUUAAGUGCUAAGCGCAUCUUCAGAUACCAAAUAAAAUGAAUUAGGUCUAGUCUAACUAUUAUUUAAGAGCUAUUUAUAAAACAUUUCUGUUGGUAAGAGAU